UACGUGGCCCCAUUCCUACAUUUGCUCUUCAACCAAGUACAGUUUUUUUAUCUUCCUGAGUCGGAAGUUUAGAUAGCUUAUGCGCAAUUGUUUAAUCCAGGACUUGCUUAAAAUAACUUUAAAGAAUUUAAAAGAAACUGUUUCAAAAUGUUGCAAAUUUCCAGAGAAUUCAUGGAUUUUCAUGGAAUGAAAGUACCAGCAACAGUUCACACUGAAGAGAGCCUAAACUAUGCAUGGAAAGAGUUUCAAACACGUGAUGAUGAUAUUUUUAAUGUAACAUUUCCCAAAUCAGGAACCACAUGGGUACAAGAAAUUCUCUCUCUAAUUUAUAGCAAUGGAGACACAACAAGUGUUAAAACAGAGUAUAGUUGGGAUCGUGUUCCCUGGAUAGAGCAGUACCUUGGUCGAAGCAGACUUGAGAACCGUCCCUCACCUCGGCUUAUCACAACUCAUCUCCCUGUGCAAUUUUUUCCACAAAGUUUCUUCAAGACAAAUGCAAAGAUAAUUUGCACAAUUCGAAAUCCCAAAGACGUCUGUGUAUCCUUAUACUAUUUCUCCAAGGUUGCUCAGUUCAUGGAAUACAGAGAGGAUUUCCAAGAAUUUGUCUCAUUGUUUUUAAGUGAACAUGCUAUUUUUGGUGGCUGGUUUGAACAUGUGAAAGGUUGGUUAAAGCUGAAGGACAAACCAAACAUGCUGUUUUUGUCAUACGAAGAGAUGCUAAAGGAUCUUAGAGGAAAUGUUAUUAAAAUCUGUAAGUUUCUUGGGAAGGAGUUGGACGACGCAGCCAUUGAUUCAGUGGUCACUAAUUCCACAUUUAACGCCAUGAAAGGAAACAACAUGUCCAAUUACAGUGCAGUGCCUAAUUAUCUAUUCAACCAAGACAAAGUCUCAUUUUACCGAAAAGGUGUUGCUGGUGAUUAUAAAAAUCACUUUACUGAUGCUCAGGAAGAAGAAUUUGAUAAGGCUUACCAAGACUUUAUGAAAGAUGUGAACCUUACAUUUGCAUAGAAACAACUCAACGUUAUUGAUUGAAUAUUAUUCCACAACUACCUUUUGUACCAUCAUGAUGUUUUCAGAUAAUAAAGAAACAAAUGUAAAUAUUUAGCAUAUUGAUUUUCUUUUAUGCAAUAAUUAUUUCAUUUAUGUAUCAGAAAUUUGAGCAGGGUUUUCAGGUUAGGGUUCUAGUUAUUUAGUCAUUUUAAUGUAAUGUUCAUUCAUAGAAACCCAGAAUAAAUUAAUCUUGAUGGCUGAUGAGAAUCAGAACAGGCUAAAUUCUUGAUUUUCAUCAGAUCAGUGAGUUGGUAUCAAGUUUUAUUUACUCAUUAAUCUUACUAGUCUAUAUGAAAUGUUUAAAGAUUAUUCCAUGAAAUUACAACUCCUUAUGUACAAAAUACAUAUUGAUGUUGACCCAAAAUUUUCCUUUCUUGAACCUCAUUUCACAUUGAUGUUUGUUUUAGACUAAGUCCUCCUAAAGGAAAAAAAAACAAAUCACUGUCACGUGCCUUGUUAAUCCCUCUAUUGUAAUAAACAUAGUGUAAAAUUUA